CAGGACGCGGAAGUCGCGUAAGGGUGUAGUUUCUUCAUGUUUUUAUUCGCUUGCUUUUGAUCUUCUCCAUUCUCUCCGGGGCUCUUUCAGCGUGAGCGGUGUUCGCCUGGAAGUCCCGGCCGGAUCGGAGGGCACAUCCCCACUCAGGAGCGGUCGGAGUUGCCCGAUAAGGAGCGCACUUUGAAUUGAGGUCGCAAACCUUCCCCACCGCCGGCACCGCCGCCAGAUCGGUGAGCGGAGCCCGGGUCGGUUGAACAGUGCAUCAAGUUGACCUCACGGAAGAUCUGAAAGACAGUGGAAGCAUUUGAGAAAACAAUCCCACAAUGUCUAUUUUCUGGAUUUAUUUCAUGCUGUUUGUAUCUGCAUUCCUUGAGUGCCUCUGCAGUAGUACGACAAACAGCUCUGGAGUUAAGUUACUGCUCGUGUCUUUUGAUGGGUUCAGAGCCAGUUACCUUGAACUUUACACAUUUCCUAACCUUCAGAAGAUGAUCGCCAAUGGAACGCUGGUGAAGCAUGUAAAAAAUGUGUUUGUAACCAAAACCUUCCCAAAUCAUUACUCCAUUGUCACGGGCCGUUUUGCAGAAAGCCAUGGCAUUGUAGCCAAUACCAUGUAUGAUGCAGCCACCAACAGGAGUUUCUCAACCUUUGAGGAUAAAGAUCCAUUUUGGUGGAACGAGGCCACUCCAAUAUGGGUAACUAAUCAACAACAAGGUCACAAGAGUGGUGGAGCGAUGUGGCCUGGCACUGACGUGUCUAUACACAACACAACCCCUUCCUAUUUCUUAAACUAUAACCACAGUACUCCAUUCAGAAAGAGAGUUGACCAUAUUAUAGAAUGGUUUACCAACUCAACAGGCCCCAUUAACUUUGGUACAUUGUACUGGGAGGAGCCUGAUUCCACUGGACAUCGCAAUGGACCGGACAGUAAAGAACUUAAGAACAAGUUGAAGGAAGUGGAUGAUAACAUCGGUUAUUUAAUCAAUCAACUUCAAAAAACUGGACUGUGGAACAGAGUUAAUAUAAUUAUCACCAGUGAUCAUGGAAUGGCACAGUGUUCUGAUAAGAGAGUUAUACAAUUGGAUAAUUGUAUUGGACGUGGUAACUACACUCGAGUGACUAAUACUCCAGUGACAGCUAUAUUGCCUCUUUCUGAUGUAAAACACGUAUAUAAAUUGCUGUCAAACUGCCAUCCACAUAUGAAAGUUUAUUUGAAAGAAGAUAUACCAGACCGUUUUCACUACAAGCACAACAAAAGAAUUCAGCCAAUUCUCCUUGUUGCUGAUGAGGGAUGGACAAUCGUUCAAAAUGGAUCAAUUACACAAUUGGGUGACCAUGGUUACGAUAAUGCUUUACCCAGCAUGCAUCCGCUUCUGGUGGCUUAUGGACCUGUUUUUAAAAGAGGCUAUAAAAUGGACUCCGUUAACAGCGUUGAUAUCUAUCCGCUGAUGUGCCGGAUCCUUGGACUGAAUGAGGAGCCCAACAAUGGAACUUUCGGAAACGUGCGAUGCUUAUUGGCAAGUGAGUCAUGUGUAGGCCUGCCUGAUGUGAUUGGAAUUGUGAUUGGGUCCUUGAUGAUACUGAUUACAUUGUCCUGCCUUCUAAUACUACUGAAAAAACGAGCAUCACCUCGGCGUGCAUUUGCACGUCUUCAGCUGCAGGAUGAUGACGAUGAUGAUCCUUUGAUAGAUUAAUCUCCAUGUGUCUAAAGAAUUUCCUAUGAUUGUCAACAGAAAAAUAUAUUUAUCAUCUUAGGACGACAAAAGCUAACGUGGUUACGUCAUCCAUCUCUCAGGUUUAGGAAUUCCUCAAUAUCAUGCAUGAUUAAAGUCAUACCAAAAACCAAAUCAUCCUAAAUGCGAGAUAACUUUGCAGCAAGCAGUGAGCUAAUCCGUUUUGAUUUAGUAAGAUAAAGUAAUUUCUCCCAGUCAUUGUGCUUGUUUACUUGAUGACAUUUAUCUGCAUCAAGUCAUUAUUGAUAUAUCAGAACUGCAAGAGCUUACACAGGUUACUUGACUAAAAAACGAACAAUAAGGUCUGAUGCUCACCUGGAAAUGCUGAGAUUAUUUAAGUAUAGGAUCUGUAUUUCAGCAAGGCAAAGGUUAAACUGAAGGAAUGCAGAAUGGAAGAAAAAAUUGCAUUUAUGGGAGUUGUUUUAGUUUGGUCACUGAGAAGUCACAGAUAGCUCCAGUAUUCCUGGAGUGUUAGACUGUUCGUUUAAGCAUUUUAUGAUCUGUUGGUGAUUAAAGAGUUAAAUUUUACCAACCAUAGAUGAAUAUUCUUAAUUAAUUGAAGUUGCCUGAUUGUCUCAAGAUAGGUAAAACUGGAGUUUAGAACAAUAUGGGGGGGGGGGGUGGAAAUCUCUGUGGAAUAUUGAAUGCUCUGGAUAAAGUGGAUGUGAAGAGGAUGUUUCCUAUAGUGGAUGAACACAACCUCAGAAUUGAGGGACGUCCACUCAGAACAGAGAGAUGAGGAAAAAUUUCUUUAGCCAGAAGGUGGUGAAUCUGUGGAUUUUAUUGCCACAGAUGGCUGCACAGGCCAAGUCAUUGGGUAUAUUUAAGGCAGAAGUUACUAGGUACUUGAUUAAUGAGGGAGUCAAAAGCUUUGGGAAGAAGGCAGGAGAAUGGGGUUAAGAACCAUGACAGAAUUGCAGAACAGACUCAGUGGGCCAAAUGGACCCACUUAUGUCUUAAGGUCUUACAGUAAAGAUUUUAGUCAAAUAAUUUCAGGCAGAUUUGAAAUUCAUUUUUUUAUAGUGGGAAAAUAGGUUGUAUUUCUAGAUUAUCAAAAGUACUAGAAUAAAGUGUUUUAAAUGAAGUGUUGAAAAUUAAUCAAAUUAUGUAUUACAAAAACAAUGCAACUAAGUAAAUAUGCUUUUCCAUUGUUAUUGUAAUAGUCCAGUUGUCUUUAAGAUUUAAUGCUUCUAAUUGCAAUGUACUUUGAUGCCAAUUGAUUUUAUUUUUAAAGUGGUAUCCCAUUAAGUUUCAGCGGCAAAUAUACAAAUUCCUUAGCUCUUGCUCUUCCUUCAAAUAGAUGUUAAUUAUGUCCAUUAACGAGGAAGAAGGUCAUUAUGUAAAACUGCAGGCACAAUAUAUUGAAACUUUCAGCUAAAAUGAACAAGCAAUGAUGUGUAGUUGCUUUGACAUGGUGGUUAAGGAUUAAAUCAUACUUCAUUCAUUAUUUCAAUAUUGGAUGGGAAGUGUCACAAUGUUUCAAAUGAUUAAAAUAAAGUCUGUGUGGAGUUUAGAUGUCAUAGACUGACCUCCAAUAGAUUUCAUGUUUCCAUAAUGGAGUUUGCACUCCAUUAUAGAAACAACGGGGGGGUAAAUAGAGCUGGGGGGAAAAUCAGUAAUGUACUGACCAUGCUAUACAGUAUACCAAACAUUCUCUUCAAGUGCACUGGCCCAAGGUAUACAGUUACAGUCUGGUUUAUAUUGGUAGUAAGAGUAUUAUUAGAUGUUUCUAAAAAUGAGAGCAUUCUCAUUCUAUUUUAACUUAGAUAAUAUUUGAAAAGCUAUCAAUAAAUCAUUAAUCUCUAACCAUCAAAAUUUAUACUAAUGUCUGUCAAAGUGUUACAUCACUUGCAUACUCCAAAUAGCAAUCUUUUGAUGAUUAACCAACCUCUUAAAUACGGACUACUUGAGUGCAAAGAUCUAAGUGCUCUACAUUGCAAAGAUAUGCUUCCAAAGGAAACCACUUUAAAAGUUAAAAUGCAUGUGUUUAACAGAUAUCUCACACCAGUGAGGUACCAACUUGAGCCUUUGAAAACUGUCUCAUUUUUUAUAGUUCUAUUUUACAAUAUAUAGUGUGUUUACUUCUAGUUUGUUAGAAAAUCCAAAUGAAAAUGUAUAUGAACAUGAAGAAAAUAGAAUCAAACAAACAGAACGUAUAAUUUUAUUCUUUGUUUCUGGCCUUCCUCCUGCCCAGCACCCAGUAAGCAAACUAAAUGAGCACAGUCAGCACUUCCUCAUUGGUUGUUAACCAACGUUGGUGCAAGAUAUGGCACUGAUUCUUAAAACUAGCUACUCUUUACCAUUUUACCUGUAUUAUUAAAAGUUGAAGACAGCUGUGUCUAAUGUCUAAUUGAAUUUAAAUGGACUGCUGUUACAAAUAUAUGGUGAUUUUAAAAUAAUAGGAAGAUAAACUGUAAAUAUUUUUUCCAGACAAGUCCACUUUGGAUCUAAAAAAAAGAUUUAUAAUAUCAAGCUAAAGAGAACAAUGCAUUCAGGAAUUGCCACUUAUCUGUCACGUGUAUUUGAAUUUUGAAAAAGUGGUUAAUAAAUAUUUUACUUUUGUAAAUAACA